GCAACACACUAAACGUGACGUCAAUUUUAAACCUGUUUACAUAGCCUAAGUGUGAAUCUAACAAAGAAGCAGCGCACAGGUCGCGCAAAUUAUCACCGUGCACAGAUUUGAAAUCCUAGUAUUCCAUCUUACAGCUCGGAUUCACAACAUGGACAGUGUGGACUAAGUCAAAUAACAAGACAUCUCACAAAUGCUUUCUUACUGACAGUUUUUUCUUUGCUCCCCGCCCCGAGCACCACUCCGGAUGAGCAGCGACGGCAUUUUUGUCGGGUUGCUGCGUUUAUGAACGCAUAUAAAAAACAAACAACAACGUACUAUUCCAGCUGACCUGAAGCAUUGUCUAUGCACAGAUAAGCCAAGCCGGAUGUAAUAUUUACAGAUUGAAGCAUUAUCAUUAUAAUUGUAUCGAUAACAACAUUCUCGAUUGUAAUUGGUUCACGCGGGAGUCCAAUACCUAGAAUUGGACGCCUACGCCAUUCUUACAUCAAUUACGCGCGCUUUAAUGGCUUCCUUCUUUAUGACCGUUUCAUGUGUAGAAAUUAUGAAAAAUACUACUGCCCUUGUUCUCUCGAAAGAAGUUCUUAAAGACUCCUAAAUCUCGAAAUUUGAUUACCGAUACGAUUAAUUAGCAAUUGAACUUCGAGUCUUUCAAUCUGGCAGUAACCGUGCUCGUAAUUUCAAAUCGGCGUCAAGCUGCGCGCUCGUCCGAUUUUGAAGUUACUCGCCCGCAUAACUCCCUGUUUGUAUUCCACUCGGUCCAAUCACUAUUACUAAUUAUAUUUCUUGUAGUGAGGUUACUAUCUCAAUUAGGCAAUGAGCUCGCCUCUUGCUUAAUAUGUCUAAUCAAGUGGGAAAAAUGCUGGAAACUUGUUAUCGUCCUCAACAGCCUCUUUAUCAUUCGUGGCUAUUUGCUUAUCAUCUUUGACGUUCUUCUUUUUUUAGUUUUAGUCGUGAUAACUGUGAAGUGUUACCGCCGUAUAAAUGAAGCUCGCUAUUGGCCAAGCCAAGCUGAUCUUAUCAAUUUUGGUUCAGUGUGGUUGCCUGCUGGUGAAAGAAAACUGGCAAACUAAAAACGCCACAAGACAAAAACACGAUUCACAGGAAGAAAAUAUUGCAACUCCAAGUCCUGGCGAGAAAUGAGAAAGAUAAUGAACGAUUCCAAAAAGUAGAACAAAAACGUUUUUUCAAGCAGUUCCUUGAUGCAUUUUUAGCGUGAAGACUCGAAAGCAAAGUUGACGCAAACUCGUUUUAUUCCGUAAACAUGGAACGUAAAGACAAAGCGGAAUUUAAAAAAGAUGCGGCCGCAGGUUCCAACAACAAUGCGCGCAUUGUUUUACCGAAAAUUGAAGGAAUACAGAGAGGAAGUCUUACCGGAUCAGAAACGUUUUCUCUCAUAACAAGCGCCAGUUCAGUGAGUCCCUACCUAGACAGUGACAUUGAGGACAUGGCGCUACAAGAAGACGACGAAGACGGUGAGAAUGAGGAAGAGGGCGGCGAAGCCAAACAAGACGAGAAUGAUCAGCAGCUUUCCAUGACUUCUGAAAAAGAAAUUCGCCAAAGGGCAAAAGUAGCGCUAAAGAAAGAGCUAAAGAGGAUACGACUCGAGGCUACUGCGAAAAAGAAUGAUACGCGAAAGAAGUUUAAAACUGUAAUCGACGAUGCGAGAUCGCAACUUAUCGCUACUCGCAUCGAAGCCGAGAAAGUUUCCAUUGAAAAGUUGGAAGAAAAGGCAGAGAUGAAACAGGCGAUUAUUUUUCAAGAACGCGCACAGCGGAUGAAGAAAGAAAAAGCAAAUGACAUGGAGUACGAGAAAAGCAAGACGCAUUCUGAGGAACUCGCUAUGCUCCGAAAAAUUCAAUCCGACUUGGAUCGUGCGCGCGCACGAAGGAAACAUAGCUUGGCUGCUGCAUUGACCACAGUGAACGGUAAGGCCAGAGUGUCAAACUUGCUGCAGCAUGAGGUGAAAAGGCUGGAAAGAGCUGAAGAAGUACAACAGAUUAUUGUUGAGCUUCACUCUUUAGGAUUAACAGAAUCUGCAAAUGACCUGACGCAUGCUCUCAGGGGAAAAGAGGAGUCAGAAAAUAAGUUUCGUAAACAACUAAAUGAAGACCAACUCAGAGCUAAGAAAAGAGCCGCAAGCCUCGUGGAGAGCGAGAUCAAGAAAGUUCGCAAGGAAUGCUUGGCCGAGAUGGAGAGAAACCAACGAGAAAGAGAGGAAAAGGAAAGACUUGAGAAGGAAAGAAAAGAAAGAGAACAACGAGAACGAGAAAUGGCCAAGAUAAAGAAGAUGGCAAGGGAUAUGGCCAUGAAAAAGAUGUUUAAACAGUCUAUGUUGAACACGAGGGUUUCAAGGCCAUUUAGUUUUUCAUAUUUUCCAUCCCUAAAGAAAUAACUUUGUAAUCACUUCUCACUGAAAACCAAGGCUUGCGUGUCUACCUUUGUACGAUACUUCACUACUAUUUGUAGAUAUGACGUCACUAGUAAACGCUGUUGCUGUUGAUUAGCAGUUUGUUUAAAGCCAAUCAAAAUCGUAAUAAAUUAAUAAUAGCUCUAUGUGUCCUACAACAAUGUUUCACUAGAUGUAUAAUAAUAAUAAAAUUCAACUACUUCAGAUUUAAUCCAUGUCAUAUAACGGUCAGGGCAUUAUAAGCAUACAUACUUCUAUAUUUGGUAUGGUGCUUCCAUACUGUUACAGUUCAUCUAAUGACAGUGUAAACUGAACUUAACUGUUAGUCUCCGAAACAUCUUAAGGACUAUUUACAGAGAUUGUAACAUUGUAGGCUUUGAUGUUUUUCACUCACGGCAGAGAGGUCAGAAAUGACAGACAAGUUAAGGCAACACUUCUCUUAGUGAUUUGACUGCAUAUUUUAUCAAAGUAAUCUGCUAAUUGUGACUGAGUUCCUUUGCUAGUGUACACGAAAUUUCCCAUAGAACACCAAGAAGACUAUUAAGUUAAUUGUUGAUAGAAGAGCAAAUUGCUGUCAGUUUGUUACAGUUUCAUCUCCAAGACAGGUUUGCCCGGCAGACAAUGUCCAUGUGUACGAUUGCUUGUGUAACCCAUCAUAUUACUCUUUUUAUAGCUUUAGUGCGCUCAUUAAGUAAUUUGUAACAAAACAAUGCCAUUAUAUUUAGCUCAAUGUCAAUAAACAUAUAUCUUUUGGAUUUCGGCCUUUCGAAGACAGUGAUAUAUAUAGAGACCCUCUGUGUAGCUUCUAGCAAUACAAUGGCCUACGUGUAACCAUACCCACCCCCCGAAGAAGAACAUUUUUCCUUGAGGAUGAAACGGAAAUGUGUAUUCGAGUAAAUUAUUUCACAAGACAGCUUUAAAUUAUACUUUUUCUGAAAAUGUUUCUUUGAAUCAAAAUGUCAAAGUCUUUCAACUUUUAAAUUCUAAUCUUAGGAACUCGAAAGAGUUCAGUUGUAGCAAAUUGGUCAAAUUAUUUGUUUGUUCAAUGUCUUGUGAAGAGAGGUUAAGAGAGGGGUGGAUGGUGAAAAACUGCAAACUACAGAAAAUGACUAGGGCUCUAUAAAAGUGAUGGCGAAAUGAUUUUUAAGGGAUUAAGCUACUUCUACAACGGGCCACAGAAAUCUGGCCGUAUUAAUGAGGUGGCCGUAUUAUUGGCUUUUAAAUAAUAAAAUGAUUGACUGAGCUUUUGUUCGGGCCAGAAUAAAGUGGCCGUAAUAACACCCUGAACAAGGAGGUGGCCGUGUUAACGGGGUGGCCGUAAGGCUGGCUUCUACUCUAUCAGCAAAAUGUGAGCCAAAGCUUAAAGCAUCAAAACAGCUGGCAUAUACCGCACACAAACUGUCAAAACCCUUACAGCUGUGGAAACGCGUCAUCGGGGUUCUUUUGCAUACAUUUUACUAUUACUAGCUAGGGCGAAAAAUAUCGUUCGUUAUACCGAGGACUUUGUUGUUUAAACGAAACCUCGAACUUAUUUUGUCAGUCCCUUAGCCUUUAGUUACAGCGGCAAAAACAGUCGCAAGAAGACACAGUUGCGUGUUCUUGCAACUUCGUUCGAGGUUUUGGUCAGGGCUUUAACGCGUUGAUAAAUAUUCUGAGCUGUGCUCAGGCAUAAUCCAUACC